AUGGGUGCGGUUCUGGAAGUCAACGGCGAUAUCGUCGAAGACAAGUCCUGGCUCAGACCUUCCGAUGAUAAGCGUCAUAUCAACAUAGCAGAGUUAGACGCCGUCAUCAAGUCGCUCAACCUCGCUCUGUGUUGGCCAGUGAAGAACGUGGUCUUGUACACUGAUUCGCGUACAGUCCAUGGCUGGUUGACGCAGUUGCUGAACAACAUUCGUCGUGUUAAAGUGAGUGGCCUUCACGCUACGUUGGUUCAGCGUCGUUUGCAGAUCAUCGACGAUUUGAUCACUGUAUCUGGCAUUACAGUUGACGUUGAAUGGGUCCGCUCAGAGGACAAUAUUUCGGAUCAGCUAACCCGUGUCCCUACCUGGUUCCGUGUGCCGGACAGUCCUAAGAAGCCACAGCCUGAUGUUGCAGCAGCCGGUGUUACCGUUCGUGCUCUCCCACCUCUUGCUAUGGGUGACAUCGCCACUGCCCAAGUUGCUGACGAGGAGAUCUCGUCCGUUAAGGCCCAGCUUCUCUCCGGUGAACCGAUUCCCAACUCCAGCUACAGCAGAGUCCGAACCCAGCUGGUGAUUGAGGAUGACGUGCUGUUUCGCAGCGUGAAAUCGCCUCUCAACGAUGUUGAGCUUGUGCCUGCCCUUCCUCAGAGUCUUACUGCCGAUGCACUUGCAGUCGCCUAUACUGUGAGUGGUCACGCUGGUUGGGAAAGUAUGUGGCGUCUACUCCGUAGCCAAUGCUAUUUCCCUGGUAUGGCACAGCGCUGCCGUGACUACGUGUCAGAGUGCACUACCUGCCGUGCGGCAAAUCCUGCUCAACCUUGUCUACCGCAACCAACGCGACCUGUAACUCCCGAUGGUCCCUGGCAUGUUGUGCAAAUUGACACGCUCGAGCUUGGUACCAACAAGUCUGGCCGAUAUCACUGCGUUCUUGUCUGCAUUGACACCUUCACCAAGUGGGUGGAGGUCGUCCCACUUGUUCGCCAUGAUGCUGAGUCUGUCGCCGAUGCAUUUGUUAGUGUGUGCACUCGGUGGGGUCCUCCCCAUGUUAUCCGCUCCGACAACGGCACCGAGCUUCACAAUGCCCUGAUGUCAUCCCUCUACAAGGUAUUUGGGGUCAACGUGUGUUAUGGCGCAGUUCGCCACCCCCAAUCGCAAGGUGCCGCAGAACGGUUCAACCAAACGCUGUUGACCUUGGUGCGGAAGGUCCUCGACGAGUCCAGUGAUUGGCAGGUCGACCUAGCUAUGCUCCUGUACUUCUACCGCAACAGGCCCCACAGUGUCACCGGUGUCUCACCUAUGCAAGCAAUGAUUGGCUGGCAGCCCCGCAGUCUCGUGGUGGAUGCUACCCCAACAGAUUGGUCGUUUCCCCGCUGGACGGAGGAAAUACAGCGUCGCGCCUCAGCCAUGUACGAUCUCCUGGAAUCAGAGUUGUCGUCCUGCGAUUUUGUCGAGGAGCCAACUCAAGCGUUCUCGGCUGGAGAGUCUGUUCUCUUCCGCCGUCCACACCGGCACCAGAAACGACUCCCCGAAUUCGAAGAAGGUUGGAUCGUCAAGCGAGUCGUUGGUCCCUCAACUGUCGUGAUUGGCCGUGGCACAGCAGAAAAACUCGUCAACACAGAGCUGCUGAAGCCUGCUGGAAGUCAUUCCAGUCGUAUCCCUGAGCCACUAGAUGUAGCUAGUAUUAUCGAUGACGAGCCGUUGGACCAUGUGCCUUUGGCUGGUGUACCUGAUGACACCGCUGGUGGUCGUCUUCUCCGCGACAGAGCCCUGCUCCGUGAGCCCAGUAGGUAUGGCUCUUGA